AUGAGAAGUUUUUUAUCAACAACAACAGAUCCUCGUACAGCUGAAGCAUUUGCACAACAAUCAAAUAUUAAUUUAGAAAAAGUUUUCUUUGAAAUUCACGCUAAAUAUUCACCAUUUGCUAUGGUUUCUGAAUUAAUUUAUUUUAAAUCAGAAAAUGAAGUUUUAUUUAUUCUUGGAUGUAUAUUUCGAAUUGAAAAUGUUUAUUUUAAUGAUGAAAUCAGUAUGUCGGUAAUGAAACUUGUAUUAUCAUCAACACAAGAUAAUCAUGAUUUAAAACAAUUAUUUGAUUAUUUAAAACGUGAAAUAGGUAGUGAAACAAAUUUUUAUUCAUUAGCAAUAAUAUUAAGAAAAAUGGAAGAAUUUCAUCAUGCAGAAGAAUGUUUAAAACAACAAUUAUUGCAAUGCUCAUCAUCAUCAAAUGAUUCCUAUCGAUGUUGUCAUGCUUUGGGUAAUAUUUAUCAAGAUCGUGCAAAAGCUUAUGUUAAUAUUGGUAAUAGUUGUAAUAGUAUUGAUGCUGAUUACGAGAAAAAAGGUGAUCUAUCAUUAGCACUUCGUAGUUAUGAAAAAGUAAGAAAAAUAUGGUUGAAAUGUUAUGAUGAUCAACAUGAACGAUCGGCGAUGAUUUACAAUAACUUAGGGAUUAUUUAUUGUAAGUUAGAUAAUUAUUUUCAGGCUUUAGAAAAUCAUUCAAAAGCAUUAGCUAUUCGUCAGGCAAUUUUACCUGAUAAUCAUGCAGAUAUAGCAUCAUCAUAUACAAAUUAA